GACAUCUUGGCGAGGCAGCAGCGCAUCCCUGCUCUCCGAGUCCCACGAUGCCGCCCAAGGACGACAAGAAGAAGAAAGAUGCUGGGAAGUCAGCCAGGAAAGACAAAGACCCCAUGAACAAGUCGGGGGGCAAGGCCAAAAAGAAGUGGUCCAAAGGCAAAGUUCGGGACAAGCUCAAUAACCUGGUCUUGUUUGACAAAGCCACAUAUCACAAGCUCUGUAAGGAAGUUCCCAACUACCAGCUUACAACCCCAGCGGUGGUCUCCGAGAGGCUGAAGAUUCGCGGCUCCUUGGCCAGGGCAGCCCUUCGGGAGCUCCUUAGUAAAGGACUUAUUAAACUAGUCGCAAAGCACAGAGCUCACGUGAUUUACACCAGAAACACCAAAGGUGGGGAUGCCCCAGCUGCUGGAGAAGAUUCAUGA